UGCUCACAUAGCGUGUGGGACGUUUCAGUGAGUCCCUCCAUCCGCGGCAGCUGCGCUUCCCGUCGCCCAAACACUCUCUCUCUCUCUCUCUCUCUCUCUCCUUCUCUCUCACUCACACACACACUCUCUCUCUGACUGAAACACGCACACGCACUCACACUCACACACUCACUGCCUGUGAAAGCAAGGACGUCCUUUCUUUCCUUUACCCGGAAGCCGGAGAUGCUAGGGACUUGCAGUUGAGAAUCCUGCACUGCUAGUAAACCUAAACUUCACUUGGAGGAGGAUCAUCGAGUGUCGAAAAGAUCGGAAUUCACCGGACAGAGCCGGUGAAAACGAACAACAAAAGAAGCUUGAAGUAAAUGUAACAGCUGACUGUGAAGGAAGUAGGAAUCAAAAGCCAUCAAGAUGAAUUUUGUUAUGAAGCAAGCGCUGGGAGGGGCGACCAAAGACAUGGGCAAAAUGCUGGGAGAAAAGGAAGAGAAGGACCCUGAUGCCGAGAAGAAGGAAGAGGAAAGACAAGAGGCUCUCCGACAGCAAGAAGAAGAGAGGAAGGCUAAAUAUGCAAAAAUGGAAGCAGAGAGGGAAUCAAUCCGACAGGGCAUCAGGGAUAAAUAUGGCAUAAAGAAGAAGGAGGAGAAGGAGGCCGAGGCUCAGGCUGCCAUGGAGCAGGCGUCCGAAGGCAGUCUCACUCGCCCAAAGAAAGCUGUGCCCACUGGCUGCGGUGAUGACGAGGAUGAGGAAGAGAGUAUUGUGGACACAGUCAUGAAGUUCCUUCCAGGUUCUCUUGUAGACAUGUUCAAUAAGAAGUAACACAUCCAUAAAGGUGUUGUUAUUCAACCUGUCAUUAAUGUUAUAACAUUCAACCCCACACAUCCCCUUUUUCCCUACCCUUCACUCAUUAGUUCCAAACUUACUGGACUCAUUGAACAUGCCAUGAAUGUAGUCUUUAAUUUGGAGUGUUUGAUCCAGAAAUCACAUCUACAGUUGUGCACUAAAAUUGCAAAUACAUUUGUCUUUUCAAAUUAAAAACACAUUUAAUGGCAGAGUCCAGUCAAUGGAACGACAAGUUACCCAAGCGCCACAUAUUUUGUUUGUAAAUAGCUUAUAAAAAGUCUAUAUAUGAAUAUUAGAAUAUAUCAAUAUCUAUGAACACAAUUACUAAGAGCAAAAGCCAUAAUUUUAACUUGGAGUAAGUCCUCCAAACCAUAUUGUACUUUUGAUUAAUGUUUGCUGUUCUGUUAAAGAUAUUAUUGUUAAAGCCAUGUAGUAGAAGUGUAUAAUUGUAUGUAAAAUCACCAUAACACCAUUUAUCAUAGCAUUUCAUUAUUUUAAAUUGUUAUAAAUGACUGGACAUCUUGGAAAAUGGAAAUAAGCAGAGGGGGAACAAAAUCAUCUUUUUUUUAAGCAUGGCAAUCUUGUGAAUGCACUGUAUACAUUUCAUUUGACUUUUUUAGAUGAAAUACAUUGAUAUUUAAGGCAAUAAUUCUGGUUCUUUGAUUUUGUUGACUCAUACAUGCUACCUUAUAUAUGUAAAGCUUUUCCUUUAGAAAAAUGACAGUACAUCCCUUGUGUGUAAACUCAUUGUCCCAGUCUAAAAGUGUGUCAGGCAUGUUAAUGUAGUCACGAUGAGUGAAACAUAGAGCUAGGUGCUAUAUUGAAUCAAAAUAGCUAAUCUUAGCUCCUACUGACAGCGUGACAUUGAGUGCAUACUGCUACAAUUGGACCAAUAGGGCUCUACAAAUAUAUAUAUAUAUUACACACUUAUAAAUCCAUAUAUGUAAUCUUCAUUGUCAUCUCUGUACAAUAAUGAAUAUAGUUAUUCAGUGUUUACAUAUUUGUUUAUACACACAACUCAGUUGUGCGUACACUUUAAGUGAGCAGACAGUGACAACAGUGCAAUAUUUGCUUUAGAAUGAAGAUGUCCUGUGUCCGUUGGUUAAUUAUGGGAAUCUUUUCCCAGAUCAGCAAUAACAGACAAUCUUCAUCAUUAUGUAUUUCAAACUUAAUAAUUAAUUCAAGAAUGUUAGUGUUCAGAUGCUAUGUUGUCUUACUAUUGUUAGUCAAACAAAACAAUUGAGAUGUGUGUAGCUAAAGCAGGGAGCAGAGAAUUUAGUUUCAUUUGUCAGUGUGUGUUUCAGUGUAGGUUUAAAGCACGGUUUGGUUUUCUAAACCGUGCUCUGUCAAUGUUGCCUCAACCUGUGUUGAUAAAAUUAUUUGCACCUUUAUUUAAGUUUUUGUCAGUCAGUGUCGUUGUAAUAGUCAUUUGUAGCAACCGAUUAGAAGGAAAAGAGUGGGUCUGCAUUCAUCAGUGAUGCCAGAUCAGCUAUCUCGGAUGAGCCAUGUGGAAAUAUUGUAACUUUCUUUGAAUAAAAAAAAAAAAAUCAACAAAAAAACAGUGGCUUUGUAUAAUGUUCGAAAACAUGCUUACAUUUCAAAUAAUGCUGAUACUGUUUGUAUUAGAGUAAAUAACAACUAUGAACUAUUAUAUAUUCAGGUGAAAUCAUUCUCACACGGUUGAAAUUUCCAAAAUGUGGAGUUCAUGACAUUUUUUAGGCUCAGAGAAAUGUAGUUAGCUAUCAGCUGCCACUGGACUGCUUAAAACAUUCCGAAUAUUCCAAACAUUCCAUCUGGCCUCGGUUGAUUUCCCAGAUUAUUUUAUUUUUGAUUUAUAUGCAUUGAUGGAUUUAGAUUGGACUGAUUAGAUCUAAUCUAAAUGCAUCAAAUACUGUGAUGUGGCUCCAAUUCUAAAGAUUCUAAGAAAUAGUAGUGAAGCCUACAAAUAUACAUUGUACCCUAUAGCUAUCUGUCCUGCCAUGUACUGCUGAAAGCAACAAAUAUAAAGGAUCUUACUGUGCUAGUCCAAACUAGUGUGCUGUUAUGCUGCUUAAUUGUAUGAAAUGAUUGCAGUAUACAGUAGAGAAAUCCUCCCAUUAACAAAGAAUUAGUGUAACAUAAUAGACUGAAGUCUAGUGCACAACACUUACUGUGUUUUAUUUGAACGUGUAUAAACUGCCUUCAGCUUCACUCAUUGUUGUCGAUCACACAUUGUGUCCUGUGAGAUGAUUGCUAACGUACAGUGGGAACACUGCCCAGAAAACUCCAUUACCCAUUCAUUCUGCCCAUCUCCUCUACAACAAAAGUUUUCUUAAACCAAAGAGUGGGCUUAUAUGUAAUAGAAGUUUUUAAUGUGGAAUAAGUUUUUACUCUUGUUUUGACAUUAUUUAACACACCACAUCAUCAUGCAUUCUAAUUUUACUUUGAGUCUUUGUAUUAUUUCAUGUCCAAAAUGUUUUAUACUUGAGUGAGAGUAAGAUACUGUCCAAAAUGUAACCAAAUUCGCAUAUCAAAAUUCUUCUAUAUUUUGACAUUCAAAAUUAAGCAGUGUUUCUGUUUACUCAGACUGCCACCCAAUAAUCUGUGACAGUUUCCAAACCAACAUAUAUUUAUCAAAAUCAAAAUCAAACUCAAGGCACAAACACACACACACAUACACACACACACACACACACACACACACACACACACACACACACACACACACACACACAUAAACCUACGUACACAGAAUUUUAGCUCUCACCUUUGACCAUGUCCUCUUCAUUCGCAUGUUCAUAGCAUCGACAAACUGCCUGACUGAAAACUAUGAGCUGUUUCAUUCUUGUGAUUUGAAUGUAAAUGUGUGUUGUUUCUCUACAUUGUCCUUAAUCGUGUCCUUUGUGCUGAUACAAGAUAAACGAUUCUUGCUGUGGUUUUUAUGUCUGUAUCUUUUUCCUGUUGUCUUUCUGGUGUUGUAUUUUUAAGAGGAAAAAAUCUGUUGCUCUUUUUUGUGCAUUAUUUUGUUUCUCUUCUUUGGCAAAUUGUAUGCAUGCAUAUGGUGUGCGCUGUAGGCAAGGUUGUUAAAGAUACUUCUGUGUGUCUCUUGUGUCCUAAUCGCUUUACCUGUUAGCUCCCACUGCAUGCCCAUUUUAGACUGAUUUAACACUGUACCACACCCCUUAAUGGAAUCACCACACACUGAGAAUAAAGUGAUUUCAUAGAA